GGCGGAGUUGUGGGUGUCUUCUGCUCACACUCCUAUCCCUGGCAGAACCCAGGACCACCCGGAAUGCACCGUCUACCACUCGAUCUGAAAGGUUCGGAUCUGGCAAUAUAUUCGGUGUUUCAUCAUUUGGGGUUGACCGUCAAAACCCUGCCUCUACUGAGGUCACGCCUUGAAUCGCUGCGCGGGGAAAACCGCAGUUCUAGAUUUACCACAGAUUCAAGAUGGCAACUGAAUGACUGGAGAAAGGGCAAAAGACAUCUGCAACUCGAUCUCAUUCCGAUCUGUCCGCAAUCAAGCAUAUUUUGGAAUGACAUUGAAAAAAGAUGGAAGAUGCUAUUCAUGACGCAUGUCAUCAGUAGAAAAAACAGCAACGAGUAUUUUGAGAAAGGCACUUGGAUUGGCCGGAAAUGCCAUGCGUAUCAGGCGGAUGUACACUUCUCUAUUGACACGGAUCCAGAAACAGUUCGGCAAUAUGGGCACCACUACUGGCAAUACUAUCAUCUCCCAUCUAUUAUCUGGCUUAACUGGCGCAAUUCCGCGCAGUGGGAUGAAAGAGAGGAGAAUCCAAGUUCUUUAAAACAUUUUGGCAUCAUUGCGGUGAUUCCAAGCUGGCAGGAGAGAAUGCAGAUGAUGAAUUAGAAAGCGACUAGCUGAUCAUCUGGCGUUGUGAAGUUAUGU